GUUCAUAGUUUCGUCUUUCGAACUGGUUGUCUUGUCUUGUCUUGUCUUUUCUUGUGUAUUCCCAACCUGGAUGAAUCCAUAAGUUACGAAGGAUCCGCUCCCUCUACGGCAGAUGGCGCGGACGAAGAAGUCAAAGCCGGGCGCAAACAGCAGUGCAGGCAUGGCCAGCAACUCCACUGUUGAGAGCGGCAUUCACGCCCAAGCCGAAAUCUGGGAUGACUCUGCUUUGUUGCGGUCAUGGGAUGAUGCUGUCAAGGAGUACGAGUACUAUCACAGUAUUCACGCCCGGGGAGAAGAUGUGGAGAAGAUUCUUCGCGAGGCCGAGGCGGGGGAGACAGAUGUCGACCUCACCAGCCAAGAUGUAUCCAUGGACCCAUCAGGUUGGGAGGAAGUCAAGGGGGACGCUGCUCUGCCCCGUAGCGAUGCAAACCUAGACGAUGGCACACAUCUUGCUCAGCAAGAGACUGUCGGAGUUAACCAAGAAGCUUCGGCGCAUUCUCAAGAUGACAAUGGAGCAUUCGCAACCACGACAAAAGCUGGUGAGACUGUACCAAGCACGUCAAAUGUCACUUCGACUGGAUCGAACAAUCUCAUCGGCCCACAAAUACCCUUGCCCUCGAACAACACAGCCGCAGAUAGCAGCACAUCUCAAGAUCAGACGCUUGAGAAUAUAAAGAUGGCCUACUACUGGGCAGGGUACUAUUCGGGACUUCACGAUGGUCAGCGACAGUGUCAGCGAUGAAGACUGACGAAACUGCAAUUGGCAAAAUGGACGUCCAACGUAAAAUUCCAUCCAAUCAAGGGCAAAGGACACUGUGUAUCUGCAAGCGGAAACGCUAGAUUCACGGAAUUCUGUCAUGCAGGGCCUGUGGCUUCUAUUGAUCGAGUUGUACCGCUGGCCGUCCAUGUUAGGACAGGAAUUGCAACUCGGCCGGGUUCGCCUGCUGAAAAUGUCUAUCUCUGUUGCUCAAAAUCGUCCAGGCCUCUAUCGGCCGGAUCAUCAUACGCCGCCAAAAUCCCCAGGACACCUCACACGAGCCUUAGCGCAAUAAACAGGCUCAGUUGACGUCGAUCGAGUAUAGUACGUAAGGGCUAUAGUCGGCUUGCUCUGCAGCGGCACCAACUGCGUCACCGCCACCAGAUCCCUCGUCCUUCUUGGGCCGACCUUUCUUGUCCUUUCCAAAGGCAUUACCAGCAAGAUAUGAGUACUCGGAAUCCAGGCCUUGGAGUGCUUUCUUUUCGCGUUUGCUAUCAGUCUGUAGGGACGUCAGUACCAGCCAUGAAUGCCUCAGAAAUCAGACAGCAAACCUACCUUGAUGAGCACACUGACAUAGUCAAGAGGAAGCCCGUAUCUCAGGACGGUCUCGACAAACACUCUGAGCACCACGACAUGAACGAGAGCCAUGACACCCUCGGACCAGCCUGUCCGACCCAAGCGCAAGGUCUCGCCCCAGACCUUCUUCUCCUCGGCUUCAAUCCUUUUCAGCUCUUUGGCCUCCUCCUCCUUUCCGCCAGCCUUGAAUUUGUAAUCGCGGGGAAUCCAUUUCUUCUCUCGGACUUUGUGGACAAAUUCUGGCGAAUGUUUUUUGAAGGUGGUUACUGCAUAGAGAGAGAACUCGUCGUCGGAUGAAAUGAAAUAUGCCGAUCUCGGGACAACGAAAGGGGCGAGGGUUUCGUACGUUUUGAGGAAAUCUUUGACAUAAUUGUUGGGGACAGCAAUCAAGUGGGUUUCGAGGUGUUCCGAAUCGGAAACGAGGACGUCAGGAUUGACUAUGGAAACGAGAGAUUUGGUUGAGAGGUUGCCUGUUUGCUUGCGGUACAAGGUCUGUAGGGUAGUGCGAAGAUUGUUAUAUUGGUUGUAUUUGGACCGGACAUCAUUAUCGAUUGAG